AAGGCAAAGCCUUACCAGCGUUUGACCCAUUUGCGCCGGUUGUAGGUGGGCUGCAUUUGUCAUGUCCGGCCGAUAUUGAUAUUGAAACUCCGGUGAAAAACACUCAAUCAUGUCAUCCACGCUGCGGCCGUACCUCACAGCUGUGAGGCACACCUUGAAUGCAGCCAUGUGUUUAAAGGACUUCUCCUCCCAGGUCGUGGAAAGGCACAACAAGCCUGAAGUCGAAGUGAGGAGCAGCAAGGAGCUUCUGCUGACACCUGUGGUGAUCAGCCGCAACGAGAAGGAGAAGGUGCUCAUUGAGGGCUCCAUCAACUCACUUCGCAUCAGCAUUGCCAUCAAGCAGGCCGAUGACAUCGAGCACAUCCUCUGCCACAAGUUCAUGCGAUUCAUGAUGAUGCGUGCCGAGAACUUCAUUGUGCUGCGGCGCAAACCCGUUGAGGGCUACGACAUCUCGUUCCUCAUCACAAACUUCCAUACGGAGCAGAUGUACAAGCACAAGCUCGUUGACUUUGUUAUCCACUUUAUGGAGGAAAUCGACAAGGAGAUCAGCGAAAUGAAGCUGUCACUCAAUGCAAGGGCACGUAUUUGUGCCGAAGAAUUUCUUAAGCGGUUUUGACAAGGUCAUCUGCUGCUGCUGGCAAUGGUUUUUCUCCCACACACACAAGAACAUUUAUAUAAAUAUUCUAUAUGAAUCAUGUUAUUGUAAUAAACAUUUUUCUUUAAUAA